AUGCCUGUCUCUGAGUUCAUUUUGGCCCCGUCUCAUGAUCAGAUGCACGACAAGCUUUCGAAAGAAGAGGAGUCUGAAUCGAGGGACGCAGAAGUCACUCGAGAAGACCAAGACAAGAUCAACACCUUCUCGAAGCUGCACAACCGAAGUAAGAUUCUACAAGAGGAACUCACCCAAAAACAAAAAGAUAAAGAAGACCUGGAAGAGCUCUCCACAGAACUCGAACUUGCCGAUGAAGAUGAGCUCGUCCCAUACAAGAUUGGUGAUUCGUUCAUGAAUCUCCCUCUCCCUGAGGCGCAGGACCUGCUGUCGACGGCGACAACUGAACUCGAAACCGAAGUGUCCACUUUGGAAGAAGAAUUGAGUGGACUGAAGGAGGAGCUAGAUGGUCUCAAAGCGCAUUUGUACGCAAGAUUCGGAAAAGGCAUCAAUCUUGAAGCCUAG